UUCAGGCUUCUUUUAAAACCAACCUCAAGUGAAGAUGACUCUACGAUGGAGCUUUCUUUGCCUUCGGUUGAAACCAGACCCCUCAAGCUUAUUACUUGAAAAGGAAUAUCUCUUCUGCCUUGUCUUUCGACGGCAACAAGCCUUCAAGAUGCGCCUAUUACAGAUUAUCAGCCUCAUCUUAUCCGAGCUUCAACCUCCAAACAAAUAUUGAAACAUGCUGUCACGGCAAAUCCCGGUAUCUCCAUGAAAAAAAGCUUUCCAGUUUAUAUACCACAUCAAAAUACUUCUCAAACCUCUUCUUUCCUAAUAUUUCAUGAUUCCAGUUGUUCUCGUCGUGAUCAAAAGCCCCUUCAGCCCGCCCAGACUUUAUGCUUGACUGCACAGUCCCACUUAUCUGAUUUUCAUCCUCAAUUGACCGCUUAAUCCACAUCAGCCACUCACUCACUUCCAGUCAUACAUCCCAACAAACACCCUUUUAUUUUUGUUUUGCGAUCUGGAGAGUCAAAAUCUCAUAGGAAAAUUUCUCAUCUAAAAGACCAAACUCACAAAAAUACCAACUGACCAAUAGAAACCCGAAAAAAAUGUCAGACUCCGAACCAGAUCUUGAACUCCUCGAGCUCCUCCGCCAACACAUCGCCGGUAAACCACAAGUUGCCGCUGAGCCUGACACGGGCGUCCUCGAAUCAGCCGAAUAUGUCUACAACAACUCCAUCGACGUAGCCCUCGACAUGCGGUCAUGCAAAAACGCCGCCAGAGCCAUCUACUCUCAGAUGCAAACAAAGUCUUACUCACCGGCCACCUGGGCGGCACACGAGCUUCACCCUCACCCAUCAAAGGGUGACAAGCCAGAGGAUGUGGUGGCCUUUAUCUUCACCAUGGAUCUUUUGAACUUUUGUUUUUGGAGUGAGAGGGGUGAAGAAGAGAGGUUUUCCAUCGAGUACAAGGGGAGGAGAUGGACAGGGUAUUGGAGUUUGGUGGCUGCUUUACAGAGGGCGUUGGAGGAGGGCAUCCCCAUAACAGACCCUCACUUCUGGCAAAACGAAGAAGAACUCACCCUCUCCACCCUCAAACACGUCUUCCGCUCCGCCACCUCGGAGGAAAUGCCCCUCCUCGCCGCCCGUCUCUCCUGUCUCCGUGAAGCCGGCCAGAUCCUCUACGAGAAAUUCUCCUGCCACCCCCUCCACCUCGUAACCUCCUCCAACAACUCCGCCGCUCGCCUGGUCAACACCCUCGCCUCCAACUUUUCCUGCUUCAACGACACCCACUCCCCCCCUUCCUUCCCCCGCAAGAAACCCAUCCGCCUCCUCAAACGCGCCCAGAUCCUCGUCGCCGAUCUCUGGGCUUGCUUCGAGGGCCAAGGCCCCUACGGCAAAUUUUACGACAUUGACAAGAUAACCAUGUUUGCCGACUACCGCAUCCCGCAGAUGCUCAACCAGCUCGGCUGCAUCCAGUACAGCCCACCCCUCGAAACCGCCGUGCAGCUCAAACGUGACAUCCCCUCGGGUAGCAACUGGGAGAUCCAGCUCCGGGCGUGCAGUAUCUGGUGUGUGGAGUUGAUACGGAGGGAGAUAUUGAGAGAAAAUCCAGGGGCGAGGGUGAAUGCGAUUUUGAUUGAUUUCUUCCUCUAUGAUACCAUCAAGGAGAUGGAGAACGAGGGGAGGGAGAGGGCGCCGCAUCAUCGGACGAGGAGUAUCUGGUAUUAAAAACUUUUCAUAGACCAAAGGAGAGCGCCCCAGGUGUUGAUAGAAUAUAGAAUAGAGCGAAAUUAUGUUGCUCGUUCUGUUUGCGAUGACCUGUAUCUGUGAUGUCAAGCUAUGUAAAAAGUACAUGUAAUCAGCAAGGUGCAUAUCCAGCAAGGAUGCGUAGCAACUCGAUUAUGUUGGCACAAAUUCUCCUCCCCUGAUAACAUCUCCCUUCCAAAUCCUGCCCUUGUUUCCCUGUUGUGAUCCCCUUCCCCCGAAAGCAGUUCCCCAACUCCAAAACUCCAUGUCAUUUCGCAUAUUCCCCCCCUCC